AUGGCGGAGCCGGCGGAGCUGCGGCAGGAGUCGGUGGUGCGGUUCCUGGCGGCGCGGGGCGGGCGGGCGCGCAACGCGGAGCUGCUGGAGCAUUUCCGGGACUGGCUCAGCCCCCCAGAGCCCGGCCGCCGCGCCGCCGCCCGCCACCGCUUCAAGGAGCUGGUCAACGCCGUGGCCACCGUGCGCCAGGAGCCUGGCACCGGCGUCAAGUACGUGCACCUCCGCCGCCGGUACUGCGCCCCGGAGCCCCCCGCCGCCGCCGCCGCCCUGACCCCCGGGGAGAAGGAGGCGGCGGCGGUGGUGGUGAGGGACAGCGCGGAGCGGCCGAGCCCGCCGCCCUCGCCGCAGGCGGGCGCUGAGGAGGCGCCGCCGCCGCCGGCGGGCGAGGAUGCCGGCAGCCGCCCUCAGCCCGCGGGGCGGCGAGGCGAGCCGCCCCGGCCGAGCCCGGCGGCGGCCGGAGGCCAGCGGAAGGGCUCCCGGCGGGGGCCGCCGCCCGGGCGCGGCGGAGGCGGCGGCGAGGAGACUGCGGUAGCGGCGGGCCCGGGGCGGCCUCCGCCGGCGGAGGAGGCGGGAGCGGCGGAGGGCGCCCCCGGGGGCGGCGCAGGGGGCGGCCGCAGGAGCCUGCGGGAGGCGGCGCGGGGCGGCUCGCCCCAGCUGAAGCGCGGUGCCCUCCCCGGGGGGGGCCGCAGCCGCGGCGGCGACUCGGACAGCGCCUCGGUGGCCUCGUCCUCCGCCGAGGAGGAGGGGAGCACCACCGGCGCCGUGGCCCUGGACCCCCUGGAGCACGCCUGGAUGCUGUCGGCCUCGGACGGGCGGUGGGAGAGCCUGGAGGGGCUGCUGAGCUGCGAGCCGGCGCUGCUCUGCAAGCGGGACUUCAUCACCGGCUUCACGGUGCUGCACUGGGCCGCCAAGCACGGGCGGCAGGAGCUGCUGGCCACGCUGGUCAACUUCGCCCAGCGGCACCAGCUGCCCGUGGACAUCAACGCCCGCACCAGCGGUGGGCACACCGCCCUGCACAUAGCCGCCAUGCACGGGCACACCGAAGUGGUGAAGCUGCUGGUAGGAGCCUACGACGCCGACGUGGACAUCCGCGACUACAGCGGGCGCAAGGCUGCGCAGUACCUGCACCAGGGCACCUCGGGGGAUAUGCGGAGCCUCGUGGGGGCCCUGGAGGAGGAGGAGGAGGAAGGGGCUGCUGGCAAUGGGAGCGGGCGCUGGAGGCUCUCCAAGGUGUUGCCCUCCAAUCUCAUGAGCUACCGGCUCUCCCACCACCACCACCACCACCACCAUCACGGCACUGGGGAGGAAGCUGAGGGCACCGAAGGGGCAGCGGUGCCAGGCAAGGGCAAGGAGAUGACUAGGAAAGCCUCCGGCAGCGGGCGGAUGAAGCCUCGGCUUAAUAAGAUCCGCUUCAGGACUCAGAUCAUCCACAAUACGCCCUCCUUUCGCGGUGAUGCUGAGGAAGAAGAGCACGAGGAGAAAUCCCUGAAAGCAUCGUUCAAGCUCAGGCCGAAGUCCAAUGUCUUUGGAUAAGGCCAGGGAGCAGGAGGUCUGGGAUGUGGGCGCACGGACCAAAGUGCCCUAGAGUGUAGCGUGGAAGGUGAGGCAGGUACAAGUGGGUGCUCAUCUAGACUCAUGUACUCCAGGAAAAUGGGUCCUGAGUAUCUUGCUUUAACUCAGUUCAGUGGGGUCAGUGAACCCAGUGGGUCAACAGGGCUCUGGUGGCUUACAACUCCUGAGAGCAGCUGCUUCGGCUGGGCCCUCAGUGCUGAAAAGAGAGGCAGCGGGUGCGUUGAGAAACGCUGGGGUGUUUAAAAGCUGUGCUCCUUUCUCUUUAAAAGCAGGCUUUGGGAUCGGAAACCUGUGUUAGUGGAUAUACUAGGAUUAGCAAGUUGAAUGGGGGAAAGAAAAGUGCAAAUGCUUUACUGUUAUAUUAUCAACUGGUACUAUAAACUACUUACAAACAACUUGCUAUGUAAGAAGAACACCUCAGUAAUAUGCAAAUAUGCUUUAAGUUUCUCUUUAACAGCAAUACCACCUGGCACAGUGUAGAGUUGGGUACCCAAAAUGAGACGGUAGAUGACGGUUUCUUGUCAGAAUCCAAGCUUCAAUACAGCAAAGACUUGAGCCUAUGUUAACUUUAUUCAUUGAAGAUUGCCUGAUUUGAC